AUGGGUAUUGUAGCUCCAGAUGAGUUUUCAACUCGUAAUAAUAUUCCACCACAGUCGCAAUCACAACCAAAGUCACAGCCACAGCUAGAGCCACAACCACUUGCCAUUUUAAAUGAAGUACAAGUUGCUGGUCCUUUAGUUUGUAUCGACCAGGCUGAGUUUGGAUCAUCUUAUGGAUCUACCUUCAGUGACGGAUCUAGUUUAGAAGUUGGUCAGUACUUUACAAGUAAGAAUGAUUUGAAGGAAAAGCUGCAUUUAACAGCUUUGAAGGGGAAGUUUGAAUUUCGAACAACAAAAUCAAAUAAAGACGUGCUUGUAGUAGAGUGUGUGGAUCCGAAAUGUGUGGGGCGUAUUCGAGCCUGCAAACUGAGACUAUCGAACAUGUUUGUAAUCCGUAAGUAUAAUAGUGUUCACUCUUGCUCGUUAGAAAAGCGUUCAGCGAAGCACAGGCAAGCAACGUACUCCGUUAUUGGAAGUUGCAUGAAAAACCAAUUUAUAGGCGUCAAACAAGGUCCGGUUCCCAAAUCAAUUCAGAAAUAUGCCCGUGACGAAUUCGGGACGGACUUCGGUUAUUACAAAGGAUGGAAGGCUCAUGAGCAUGCAUUUCAACUCCUAAGGGGUACGGCCGAAGAAAGCUUCACUAAGCUCCCAUCAUACUUUCAUAUGGUGUCUCUUACUAAUCACGACAGUAUCACCAAUAUUCAUUUUGAUGAACAUAACCAGUUUAUCUAUCUUUUCCUAGCAUAUGGACCUUGUAUACGAGGUUUUGGUUGCAUGAGGAAAGUUAGUCCGUUGUUAGUUGCCACUACACAGGAUAGUGAACGUCAUUGUUAUCCCAUCGUAUGGGCCAUUGUAGACUCAGAGAAUGAUGCAUCCUGGACAUGGUUCUUCUCGAACUUGAAGGAAAUUAUCACUGAUUCUAAGGAAUUAGUUUUUAUUUCUGAUAGGAAUCAAAGUAUAAGUAAUGCAUUGUCUACAGUUUAUACAUUAGCACAUCACGGUUGUUGCACAUGGCAUGUGUCUCAAAACAUCAAGAGUAAUUUCAGAUGUAGCGGUGUUCUGCCAUUGUUCUUUAAAAUCGCUGAGGCCUACCGCAUUGAUGAGUUUUUUGUCUUGUUUGACGAGUUGUCUGCAAGAUAUCCUAGAAUUGCCAGAUACCUACAGGAGCAGGUACGUUUUGAAAUGUGGUUUCGUGCUCAUUUUAAAAGAAAUCAAUAUAAUAUUAUGACCACAAACAUGUCUGAGUCAGUUAAUACAAUGCUCAAAGAUGUUCGAGAUUACCCUGUCAUUACCCUCUUUAAUUUUAUACAAGCGAAGAUGUCAGAGUGGUUUAAUAACAGGCGGGUCGAAGCUUCUAAAACUAAAACAUUAUUAACGCCAAGUGUGAAAAAAACUCUUCGUGAGAGGCACAACAAAGCGGGAUUUCUAACGGCCACAAGACUUAAUACUGUUGAGUUCCAAGUGACAAGUGGAGAGGCCACUGCAAUUGUCAAUAUUGGAGCGAGGAAUGGCACUUGUCGUGUGUUCGACCUUAAGCAGAUACAAUGCGAACAAGCAAUAUCAUGUUGUAGAGAAGCAGGAAUAUCUCUCUAUGAUUUAUGCUCAAAAUACUACAGGACAGAAGUUUGGGCUCUUGCAUAUACUGAGACAAUCUAUCCUAUGCCGGAUACGGCGCAAUGGGAUAUUCUGAAUCACGUAAAGGAAGUUCACCUUCUUCCACCGCGAGUUGUACCAAAGAGGGGUAAGCCAAAGUAA